AUGCUGUCAAGCCACGCCCAGCUGGGCCUGUCUGUUUCCGUCAUUACCUUCCUGAUUGGCCUGCCGGCCAAUGCUCUGGCGUUCUACACCUUCAGCCGGAAGCUCCGGCAGAAGCCCGCGCCCAUCGACGUCCUGCUGCUCAACCUCACCGUCUCCGACCUCGUCUUCCUCGUCUUCCUCCCCUUCAAGAUGAAGGAGGCGGCGGACGACAUGAUGUGGAACAUGCCCCACUUCCUGUGCCCGCUGACGGUGUUCGUCUUCUACUCCACCAUCUACAACAGCACCUUCAUCCUGACGGCGGUGAGCGUGGAGCGCUACCUGGGCGUGGCCUUCCCCAUCCGGUACAAGCUGAACCGCCGGCCCCUGUACGCCGUGGCGGUGAGCGUCUUCUUCUGGGUCCUGUCCUCCUUCAACCUGAGCUUCGUGUACAGCAUACUAUACUACAACCCGGCCAACGCCAGCGACCACAGCGCCCCCUCUGGCUGCUACCGGGACUUCUCGUCGGAGCAGCUGCGGGUGCUCCUGCCCGUCCGGCUGGAGCUCUGCCUCCUGCUGUUCGGCGUCCCCUUCCUGGUCUCCUGCUUCUGCUACGUCAACUUCAUCCGCAUCCUGUCCCGGCGGCCCCGCAUCGGCCGGCGGCGGCGCCUGCGGGCCAUCGGCCUGGCGCUGGGCACGCUGCUGGUCUUCGCCCUCUGCUUCGGGCCCUACAACGCCUCGCACCUGGCGGGCUUCGCGGCGGGUGCUAGCCCGCCCUGGCGCCACAUCGCCCUGCAGUUCAGCACCUUCAACGCCUGCCUGGACCCCCUCAUCUUCUACUUCUCCUCCUCCGCCGUUAGGAGCCUGUUCAACCGCUGCCUGACCGGGCUGCUGGGGAGGCUCCGCCUCCCGCCCUGUGGCAGGCCUCGCUGCUGCUGCCCCCUGCUGGAGCCCUCCGGUACUGACAUAUGCAAAGACCCAAGCCCCAAUGAGGGGGAAUGA